AUGUUAAUUGCCGUCGGGCCGGACGCGAUUUUGCCAUCAUUAUGUAAUGUCACCGUUAGUGUAGGCAAACCACGGCACAAAAUAUUGGUUCAGAGUGUAAAGCAGCGAUGGAUAGGCAAGCGUUUUCUGGACGUGUUUGCUUCCGAGUUCUCGAGCCGGCCCAGAUUGUAUUACGAGCGAGCCUACGAGAAGGGAAGACUCCGAUGCUAUAGACAGGGAGGGGAUGUCCGUCCAGGCAAACUGCGUCGCUUAGACACGAAAAAAGAGGCGAUGAAUACCUCCCUGCCUGCAGAGCAAACCUCCCUGCCUGCUGAGCAUACCUCCCUGCCUGCAGAGCAUACCUCCCUGCCUGCUGAGCAUACACUAAAGGGGAACGAGAAUGUGGAGCACGAGUGCAUUUUAACGGAAGCGGUGGUACCAUAUGUCAUGCCGAUCGAGGUGGUUGAUGAGACUGAGGAGUAUUUGGCGGUGACCAAGCCGCCGGGGAUCCCAGUUUACCCGCAAGGCCAGUUUGAGACUAAUUCGCUUACUGAAAUGCUUAAGCAAAAGCUGGGCAGGAAGUCUUUUUAUCCGCUGUCGCGUUUGGAUAGAGUCACAUCUGGACUCAUGAUCGUUGCCAAGGACGGCAAGGGUUGCCAAAGGCUGACUCCCGUCGUCAGGAACUGGCAGAAGUUCUACGUCAUGCAAUGGAGUAAGACCUGGGAUCGAGCCCUUCAAGAUGCACUCCCACUCCGGGGAGUCUUUCCCUUUUCUCCGGGCCCCUCCGGCCCGGACCCCUUCGGCCCCCCGUCAGGCCCCCUCUCAGCCCCUUCCAGUAGUACUGGAGACCAUAUCCCGACUAGUAUCGACCCCACUUUGGGUAUGGUAGUGUGUGCUCCGAUUGCUCUCGACCAGCAUACUCCUGGGAGCGCAUUAAAGACGCGGAUCGACUGGGAAAACGGCAAGCCGAGCCUGAGCAUCUUCUAUCUAAUUCGGGACCUGGGAACCGCGGGCUGUAUGGUGUUAGGCAUACCCGUCACAGGUCGCACGCAUCAACUGCGGCUGCACUCCAGCUAUGCUGACACACCCAUCGCCGGGGACGCCUUGUACAAUGCCUCGGCAGCCAAGGACACGCGCGACCACGAUUGGUACGUAGCCGUGCAAUACGACCACGCAGAGACUUUACGGUACUUGUCUCUAGUUAACGUGCGUGAGGACGUUCAUCACUUCACCCUCACUCCCGGGUCGUCAGCUACCCAGUCGACAGCAUCAGCAACCCAGUCCUCAGCUUCAGCAACCCAGCCGUCGGGUAGUCAGCCGCCGGACCCGUUCCCAGUCAAUGACUGGAGAGAACUGAAGAAAGACCUGGAAAAGCCUGCCGAGGUGCAUUCCGUGUGGGUGGUCCCGCGGUCAGCUUUACGACGAGAGUUAUCAGCGUAUCCAGACCUGUGCUUGAUGGACGGCCAUCUAGUUUCCUUCCAUCCCUUCAUUGACCCGUAUUAUAUACCACUACACUCAUUUGCAUAUAUGACAGAAGCGCAUAGACUUAUCACCACCAACACACUCCCGUCCUUCUGGCCCGUCGCCACCGACCGGCCUGGAGAGUCAGACGCCCCGACUUCUGCGUGUGUGGACAGGAGCUCAGAGUCUGUUGACCACAUAAGGGGAUUGUGUCGCCUUUUGUGGACUGCGGUCGAUUCGAUUACGCUCGCGCACUUAAAUAUCAGGCCAUCUGAUUUGCUCAAUAGCCGGUAG